AAGCAUGGUGACAUAACAAAUAGUUGGUCGAGACUUAAUUGAGAAAAGUAUGUUUUAGGUCGAGCCAUUCACAUUUGCAUUUUUUGCCAUGAUUUCAUUUAUAGUAACAAUGCUUGCGGAAAUUUUUCUUUAUUCUUAUUACGGGACAUUGCUUUACGAUGAGAGCAAUUCUUUGACCAAUGCGAUUUAUAUGGGACGGUGGUACGAAUAUGACAUAAAAUCGAAAAAGGCGUUAAUUGUUAUAAUGGAACGUUCUAAAAAGCCAAUGAUUGUCACAGCUGGCAAAAUUUUAGACUUGUCUUUAGUUACGUUUACUACGGUAAUAUUGUCUAAUUUGAAUCAAAUGUUUUAAUCGAAAAUUUUAGAUUUUAAGGAGAGCAUACUCGCUGCUUGCCGUCCUAAAAAAUUA